GGAAGUUAUUUAUUUGGGAAUGUCAAUCUCGGAAGCCGGCAUUUCACCCAACAGAGGAGAAAGUGCAAGCCAUCAAAGAUGCCGCCCCUCCGGCAAAUGUUUCUGAGUUACAAUCUUUUAUCGGUACAGCAAAUUUCCUGCGUAAGUUUGUGCGAGGGUUUGCAGGAAUUAUGACACACCUUUGUACAAAUUACUUCGGAAAGGAACACCGUGGAAAUGGAGUAAAACUGAACAGGAAGCAUUUACAACUAUCAAGUCGGCAUUGUGUUCGGAUUCUAUAUUAAGACAUUAUGACCCAGCUGCUGAGCUGGUACUCCAGUGUGAUGCAUCUACUAUAGGAGUUGGAGCUGUACUGUUCCAGCCGGGACACGAUGGCUCAUUACAACCAGUAGCAUACGCUUCUAGAACUCUUAAUGCAGCUGAGAAAAAUUACGCUCAAAUUGAACGUGAAUCGUUAGAAUUGUAUUUGGAGUUACAAAAUUCCGCCAGUAUUUACUGGGCAGACAUUUUAAACUCCUAACAGAUCAUAAACCGUUGAUAACCUUACUGGGGGAACAUAAUUCAGUUCCACAGUUAGCGUCAGCACGGAUCAAGAGAUGGUCCCUUCUUCUGGCUGCAUACAACUACACGAUUGAGUUUAUCUCUGGAAAAGAAAAUGUCUAUGCAGACUUUCUUUCAAGGAAACCUACUAACAUACAACCAACAACUCCGGAGGAACAGGUAGAUGUUCAAGUCAUGUUUAUCGAAGGAGAAAAAAUUGUUAAUUCCACAAUGGUUGCCAUGGAAACUAAGAAAGAUGCAGUCCUAAGUAAAGUACUAGAAGUUACGAAGAAUGGGUGGCCAGAAAAACUACAACCUGAAUUACAACCUUAUCAUACUAGGCGAUUAGAAUUAUCACAUGAAGAUGGAAUUUUGUUAUUGGACAUUCGAGUUGUAAUUCCAAUACGUGAUAUUCUACUGAAGGAUUUACAUGCCGAACAUUUCGGAAUAGUGAAGAUGAAACAGUUGACGCGUAAAUACCUAUGGUGGUCUAAGCUCGACAAGGAAAUCGAAGAAAAAAGGUUAAGUCUUGUAUGGCAUGUCAGGAAGAAGCCAAAUCACCAAAUGCAUCUCAACAAACAUCAUGGAUAGGCCCGGAGGCCCUUGGAAACGUAUUCAUACAGAUUACGCAGGUCCAUAUCUAGGGAAAAUGUUCUUAGUCGUAGUCGAUGCCUAUUCCAAGUAUCUUGAGAUUGUCCCAAUGUCUAUUUAUUUAUUUAAUGAAUUUAUUGAGCAAUCUACAUACGUACUAUAUCAGGUACAAAGAUAAAAACUUGACAAACGAAAGACAAACACACGUCACAAAUCACAAAUUAGUAGAUACACUCAAACGGAAAAGCACAAACGGGACACUAAAAGUCCCAUGCGAGGUGCUCCCCGUAAUUAGUUUAGAUAUAGUUAAUUGGAUAUACCCACACAUAUAUAUUACUUGUGGUAUCAUUAAGUCCUAUGGCAAGGACAGUCACGAGUUAAUGACCACGUACAAGCCAUGUCUACGUCAUAAACAUUACUAAUUAAUGUAUAGUAUCUACGUUUAAGAUAGUGUUUAAACGAGUUUGGAUUACGGAAAAUGUCAGGUGAGACUUCUUGGCACACUGUGUUCCAAAUCUUUAAUAAUGACUAAAUAAUAAUAAUCUUUAAUAAUAAUUAAUAAUAAUAAUAAUAGUCUUUAAUAAUAAUCUUUAAUAAUAAUUUUUAGUCUAAUGCUACUUCAACUACCACCAUAACAGUUUACGACAUAUUUUCAGCAAUUUUGGACUACCUGAACACAUUGUUUCAGAUAAUGGUAGCCAAUUUAGAUAAUGGUAGCCUUCCUAGACCUCUUUCUGGAAUUGUAAUUUGUGUCGUAUACCAUCCACCAGGUAUCCCAGUAUCAGAUCACGAUGAUCUUAACGAAUAUUUAAUCAACACGAAUGAUGUAAUUCGAAACAAAUACCCGGACCACGGUCUGGUCAUCACAGGUAAUUUCAACGAUUUUGAAACCGGAACUUUAAUGUCUAGCCAGAAUGUAAAGCAAGUUGUCGAUAAACCAACAAGAGAAACAACAGCGAUAUUAGACUUUAUUAUUACUAACUUGCACCAAUUAUAUCAGAGCCCCCAUAUUCUUGCUCCGCUGGGUUCAAGUGAUCAUAACAUUGGCAUCCAUCCGAUGUUAAUACAAAUGAAAAAAAAUACUCAAGCUAGUAAAAUCAACUAAACCACUAGUACGUCGUUAUCCAAGAUCAGGUAUGGAUGCUUUUGGUAGAUGGGUCUCUACUUAUGACUGGUUCGGCGAACUAGAACCCAACCCUACUACCGAUAGUCUGGCCCUCUCUUUCACGAACCGCCUGACAGAAACUAUUCACAGAAUUUUUCCACAAAAGAAAGUAACCCGUCAUCGAAAUGACAAACCUUGGAUCACUCCGACCAUUAAACAACUUAUCGUUGAUCGCCAAAAAGCUUUCCAUUGCCAAAACAUAGCCGUGUGGGAAUCUUUGAAAUAUAAGGUUCAACAAGAAAUCAAAUCUAGGAAAACAACUUAUUAUAAAACAGAAGUAAAACAUUUGAACAAGGACGACUGUCGAAGGUGGUGGAAAAUUGUAAACACCAUGGCAGGAAAACCGGAGAAAAACAAUUGCUUCAAUUUCGAGCGUGAUGGGAUAAUCCUAGAUGAGUCCGAAUUAGCCAACAGCCUAAACGAGUUUUACGCAUCAGUAAAUAAUGACAUUCCAACACUCGACGUAACAAAACUUCCCACCUUCCUCCCAGCCGCCGAAGCUACCCCGAGGCUUGAACCGUAUGAAGUAUGUAAGAAGUUACCAACAAUCAAACCUUUCAAAUCCAGCGGCCCGGACAAUAUUCCCUGUCGAAUCUUAAGGGAUUUCGCUUACGAACUUUCCGAGCCUGUUACAACUAUUUUUAACGCAUCACUCGCAUCUGGAUCUGGAAAAAAAAUCUGGAAGGAUUCAGAUAUUAUUCCUAUCCCUAAGAAACAACAGCCUACUUGCGAAGAAGAGACAAGACCUAUUUCACUGACAUCUUGUCUAUGUAAAGUCUAGAAGACUUUGUAGUCUCCUGGAUGAUAACCGAUAUGGAAGACUUGACCCAAGACAAUUUGGAUGCCUGAAUGGAACAUCGACGACUUAUUGUCUUUUGGACAUGAUUCAAACUUGGUUGUCCUUCUUAGAUGGUCACGGAAGACACCUACGGAUAUGUUUCCUCGAUUUUGCAAAGGCGUUUCACCAUAUUGGUCAUAAUAUGGUAAUAACCGAACUAUUGGAUUUGGUGUUCGACGAUCCUUGGUACCAUGGGUAAUUAACUUUCUUUCUAACCGUCGAUACAGAGUUAAAUUAGGAGAUAUAAUCUCGGAUUGAUUAACAAUGAAAGCUGGCGUCCCACAGGGGACAAAGCUUGGCCCAAUUUUGUUUUUGGUAAUGAUAAAUAAUCUCAAUCCCAGAUCCAGCGGAACAGAUAUUUGGAAAUAUGUUGACGAUGUAUCCACCUCGGAGGGACUGGCAAAGAACAGCAAUUCUAAUAAGCAAUUUAAUCUUGACUCAAUCUGUUCUUGGUCCCUACAGAACUAUAUGAAACUUAACGUUAAAAAAUGUAAAGAACUACGCAUUUGUUUUCAGAAAGAUAAACCUGAACUAUUGCCGUUAUUGAUAGAUGAACAAGUGUUUGAAAUCGUUCAGUCUCACAAAGUUCUUGGUAUUAUUAUUCAGGACAAUCUAAAAUGGAACGAACACAUUGAUUCAGUCGUUUCCAAAACAUCUAAACGGUUGUACAUUAUCCGCACUUUACGCCGAAGUGGCGUCCCUGCUAAAGAUUUACUUGAGAUCUAUUGGCAUAAUACUUUACCUUCGUAUCUUGCUAACCAGUUAGAAUGAGUCCAGAAACGCGCACUUAGAAUUAUUUUACCAGAAUACAUCUAUAGUGAAGCCCUAACACUUCUGAAAUGCGCCCGGCUAGGCGAGAGACGAGAAAAACUUUGCCUUAAAACCUUGAAAAAUAUACCACAAGGAAAUCCUUUAUUUAGUCACAUUCCUGCACCGAGAGACACCUGUUACGAUUACAACCUAAGAAAUUCUAAUGCAUUAACUACGAUCAAAUGCAGAACAGCUUCUUUCCGAGCACUGUGGCUAUUUUUAAUGACAGUAGCAACAUUUAAAUACAGAUUUUAUAGAAGUACAAAGUAACGUUUUAAUACAUUUUAACUCUUUAAUCCUUAUUAUUGUUAAUAUAGUAAUUAAAUACUUAGUUGUAAAUUCACCGCAAUUCAAAUUUAUGCGAUGGUGAAUGUUCUUAAACAUGAAUAAUAAUAAUAACAAUUUACCAGUGAGGAGUUUCAGAAAUUUCUGAACGAUGACAAUAUUCAACAUACUACAACCGCUCCAGGACAUCCUGCAACGAAUGGACUGGCAGAAAGGAAUGUGGGUAAUUUUAAAGAUAAACUAAAGAAAAUGGGAGACUCAGGAGAGCCAUUGCAGACAAAACUAGACCGGUUUUUGCUGACGUACAGAGCUACCCCUACAGGGUUAGGAAAGUCACCAUCAGAGUUGCUAAUGAACAGGCAACCACGGAUCCGAUUGAGUGCGCUUAGGGCGAAACAAUCGAAAAAUGAAGUAAAAAUAUUUCAAGAUAAUCUAGAUAAUCAACCAAAGUACAGUCAGAAUCAAGCAGUAUUCGCACGAAAUUUUGGCAAAGGAGCACGAUGGCUUCCAGGGGUUACAGUAAAGAUAAUUAGUCCUAGAAAUUAUGAUGUGAAAGUGAGGGAUGUUAUGUGGAAACGACAUGAAGAGCAAUUGCGUCCACGACACAUACCUAGUUUUGAAAACGCAGAACAAGCGAAGUCCGAGAUGGAACAACAUUUGUUCCCAGAAACGAAGACAGAAACAAACAAAAGAGAAACAAUUCCUGCACACACGGAGGAUAGGGUACCUGCAGUACCAAGUGUGGUUACGAAUUAACGAGUUCGAUACGUUCACCAUAGUUAACACGAAAAGUAAAGAUCGGGACUGUGGAGAACUUACUAGUAAAAUGGACUUACUUGUUAACGUUACACCAAGCGAGUCCACAAGAAGGUAUCCUUUACGUGAGCGUAAACCUCCUAAAAGGUUUACUGAAUAGUAAAAACAUUUCGAACUUAGGUAGAUUGUUGUGUUAUGUUACGGGUUUAACGUCUACAGUGCAUGGACACUUCAAGAGGGGGCAGUUGUUAUAUAUUGAUUAUAUGAAGUACUGGAUAUAGACGCAUGCGUAGGAGUGAACUCACAUAGAGCAGUUCGGGACGAGAGAGUUCUUUUUAGAGAUAGUCGUUAUUGCACUUAUUUUGAGAUUAAAAGUUAUUUUUGGCAUUCAAUCCAUACUCGGAUAUACACGAGAAAUACAUUACAAUUUCGCAACCAAAUUUUGCAAUUUUACUCAUUUCAUUAUGUUCUUUUUAACUGUUGUGUUUUAUUUCCUUCUCUUUACUUAGAUUAAAAUUUAGUCUAACAUGCAAGUUGUCCAUUAAUUAAUUAUGGAAUUCAAUACAAAUUGAAAUUAGGAAUUCCACCUUACUAAAAAUAAAAAAUAAACUGAAGAAAAUAAUUUGUUAUGAACUAUAGCUUUAAUGUUGUUGUAAAUAUUGUGAAUAUUUCAAAUGUCACGGCGCCUGGGAAGAUCAAUUUGGAUGACCGACAGGGCUCAAUGCAUGCUUAAAUAAAGUUCACUCUAUUAAAAUUCACUCUAAUCAGUUCACUCCUAAUUUUGUCUGCUGGUAAAGGAUUUAUAAACUCAUAAAAUUUAAUGACCUUUUAUAGUUGAAUUAUCACUUCACAAAUCUUUAUGGAAGCGAUUUUCUCGACUCGGAAGUGUUGAAUUUAAGGUAAUCUGUACGGGGUUCAUAUCCAUGCAUGAGAGGAGGCAAGUGAAAGGCUUCCUGCGCGCGUCUUAUCAAACGACUGAUGUCAUGAGAUUGCGCGGAGGCGCGCUAGUAAAAUGCUAUAAACCUGUAUUAAUCCUCUGGGGCCGAUCAUCUUAACCCUAGGUUAACCUAAAGUUCAAAGCAAACUUCCUGGUAGCUUGUUUACAAAUUUGGAAAUGAUUCUUCAGAAAUCCUGUCUGGAUCGAUAGGAGUUUACUUCUCUGAAGUUUUGAAAUAAUCAAAAGUGCAGAAAUACAUGAACUAAAACAGCGGGUUAAAUUUUAGCCGAGGGUUAGCGCUAACCCAGCUAUAAACAACCAGCUCCUGGAGGUAUACAGCUAUUUCAAUUAAGGUUGUCCAGGAGCAAAGCGGAAGUCGAAUACGAGCGCGAAAGGCUGCUGGGAAUCGGUAACAAAUUAAUGAAUUUUCAAAGCUGUUCCCAGCAGCCUUUCGCGCUCGUAUUCGACUUUUCCGCUUUGCUCGUGGACAACCUUAAUUGAAAUAGCUGUAUACAAUUUGAGCCGUUGAGUAAUGUGAUAUACCAGAAGUUGCCUCAAUAUGCAGGGCCGCCGAGAGGGGCUGGGGAAGGGGAUUGCCCGGGGCCCCCACCUUAAUAGGGACCCAACGUGAGAGAGAGAGCCUAAAAUUUAGUAGAUUCUUUAAAUUAGUCAGAGCAUUUUUGAAAUUGAGGGCCCCUUACAAUAGCUCCACAUGCAGUCUAGCUAUAAAGGUCUAUUUAGAUAGAUAGAUAGAUAGAAACUUUAUUUAUACACGCUGACCCCGUCAACCGAAGCUUAUUUUCACGGGGGCGUGUGCAAAAAUAGAAAAAUGUUACAUGGAGAUAUUAAAAGAGUUAAGUUUAAAAAGGUAGAAUAUUAAAUUAUUUACAUGAUAAGAAGGUUAUUAGAAUAUUUACAGUUGCAUCAAUUUACUUAUUACUCUAUGUCAAUUUUGUGAGCAUUUGGGUGACUGACUUGGGUCUGGCUUAAAAGUAAUGAUGUCAUGGGGCCCCCAAAGAAGAUUUGGCAAUAUGUUUCUAUCACUGAUCUGAAAUAUAGCUUCCAAAACCUCUUCGAAGUACUUUUAGAACGUUUUAUACACCACAUAAUGAGGCUUAUGGCGGCCAUGUUUGAUGGCCACAUUAGUUAUUCACUUAGGAAAAAAGAGAGGCUACUGAUGAUAAAUUCUUAUCUAGGCAAUAUUUGUCCUUUCCCACUGGUGACUAGAAACGUAAACGAACAGUAAAACAUGUCCACAACACCAGAUUAGAUUAAUGGUGAGGUCAUCCAAUAUGACUGGCAUUGGUUUCACUUAUGCACAGCAGAUGCUUUAUCCAGUUUAAUUUCAGAUCAGUGGUCUCCAUCAACACAAAUUCAGCGCAAGCUAUAUGUAUCUAUCAGGCAUAUGCAUAUUUAACAAACAGAUACACAAUAUGACGUCAUAAUGUGGGAAAAACAAAGGGGCUCACGAACUGCCGAGGCCAGUGGGUCACUUUUUUCUUUUCCCACAUUAUGUACUGUGUAUGUAUAACUGAGCAGACAACAGCAAAAUCUUAUCUGUUCGUUUUGUCUAAAUAAAAAAAAACCCGAAUUAAGCAGGUAAAUAGCUUACUUUUUAUCCACCCAAACAUUUGAAAAUUUGAAAACACAACUAUAAUUUUAGUAUGUAGGAAGUUGUAGCCUUAUCAAUCCGAAGCUUUGUAUGCAACAUAUCUCGUAGACAUCAGCGAAAUAUUUAUCUUUAGUGCGGGUAGUGUGGUCGCACAAAUUCUACUGGUAUUCAAACCUGGCCAGGUUCCAGGUGCAAAUAGUUUGAACAAUGAUUUCGUGAGAACCCUUGCAAGUGGAACUAAAGCUAAUGAAAAAGUGCUGAACAACACAUACGUGAUUGCUACAUCAGAGGAAAAGUCUAGUCGAAUAUCAGGUAAAGAGAUAAAUUCACAUUGUAUUUGCCUUUUGCAGUUUUGGUCGGAAACACGAAGAAAAUUUGCUCUGCUUUGCAAAAUUUAUGCCAGUGUUAAAAUAACAAGUUCAUUUACUCUUCAUAAUCUUGUAGCGUUUCUGCCCCGCCAUGGCCGUGCCGAGCGGUACUUGGUUGGGGGAGAGGGGGUGAAUUUAAAAAGUAGACACCUUAAGAUUGACGUAUUUUUCGCAAACGUCUAACCGCUAGAAACCACGUGACCAGGAGCUUGCCGUCACGUUCGCCGUAAAUCGCUCACGUUUUAAACCUCACGAGUGCAUUCUACAGGUAAAUGAUUUACCUCAGCAUUUUAUUCAACUGUUAUUAUUUCAUUGCACGUAUAUGUAAUGUAUUAAGACAAAUAUACAUCUUACCUUUGAUUUGGAUGGAUAAAAGUUGUUUUUAACAGGUAAUUUUUCAUAUUCUGAGUGCUUUUAACUGAACGAUGUAUAAAUUCGACUCUCUAAUUUAUUUGGGUUAAACAAACAUGAAAAUUUCGAUUGUCAGUUCAAUAUUUUGUGGCAGAUUUUGGUAUGAUAGAUUUCUUAAAUUGACCAUUUGCGUAAUACUAAUAGACUAAAUUUUGAUCUAUAGACAAAAAUUUCAUCGCAGCUUGGAAGAGCAUCACAAAAUUAGUAAUAUUCCAAAGUUUCGUUGCGAAAUGUUGUAAAAUGUGGGGAUAAUAUAGCCUUGCGAAGUUUGCAAUUUUCAGUCAUUUUAGAUUACAAACGGGAAAAUGACAGCCCCAUACCCUUUGAGGCUGUCAAUUUCCCGUUUGUAAUCUAAAAUGACUGAAAAUUGCAAACUUAGCACGGCUAUAUUAUCCGCAUUUUACAACAUUUCGCAACGAAACUUUGGAAUAUUACUAAUUUUGCGAUGGUCUUUCAAGCUGUGAUGAAAUUUUUGUCUGGACUUGUUUAGAUCAAAAUUUUGUCUGUUACGCAAAUGGUCAAUUGAGAUUUGUUUAUUUUAAGUCGUGUUUUGAAUCGUUUUAAUUAAUAAACGUUUACAUUUGAACAUUCACGAUAAAGCAAGUUCAAAAUCAUCGAUGACCUUUUCACAGUCCGUGUUUAAACAUACUUGCAUAUUUCUUACUUACAUUUAUACUUUCAUAUUUCAAUUCAUUUUAAUUAACAAAUUGGUAGUGACAUUUGUUUUUUGACAGGAUGGCACAAUUCAAAUGAUCCUAUAGUUUCGACGGGAAAAAAAUUGAACUCGAAGAAAAACGUCAAUCUUAAUUUCAUAUUUGCAAGUACAGCAAACGUGAAAUCGCUAACGGCAAACCGCGGUUUGCGGUUAGGCGUAACUAAAAUAAACGUCAAUGUUAAGGUGUCUAUUUAACACGUUCCACACUUCUAGCAUUCCGGGGGCCUCCUCAGGGCGAGUUGGGCCCCCUUUCUUAACUUUUUUUUUUGGAGGGGAGUGUGUUACACCAACCCCACACUCCGCCCCGUGUUUGUCGUUUCCCACACACAGCCUCCGUUCACUCAUUCCUCACGAGACUUAAACAGUAAAAGAUAAUGAUUCAUCAUCAUCAUCACGUGGUACUUUUACUGUUCUCUAGACUACAAUGAAUGUAAUAAUCCAGUGUUAGGGGAACAUUUGAUAGCUGAUUGUCAAGCACAUUCUUACUGUGAGAAUACGUAUGGGUCUUGGACCUGCAAGUGUUUGAUUGGAUUUGAAAAGCAUUCUGCAGAGCACGAUAUCUGUGUCAGUGAAGGUAAGUACUCUGUGUAGAAAGUAAGUACAGAAAGUAAAUGCGCAAAGCAAAUACUAUGAAGAGAAUUCACACGAGUGAGAUAAACACAAGCAUGAGGAAAGAUAAAAACCAAAAAACAAAGAAAUGCAGUGAAGCAUACGACAUAAGCUUUGACAUAAGCGGAAUUUUAAAGCACAAUCUAAACGUAAGUUAAGGGAAAAUGUUUCGAAAAUUAAUUCUGUCCGCUUUGUUUUCCAAGACCCAAUGGUUAAAUUUUAUUUUGUUUUUCUGUUUAUGCUUAUCUUGCUCGAGUGAAUCAGACUUAAAUACCAACCGAAAAUGAUCGUGUUUUGUUGUUGACUUAAUAAAACAACAGUGAUCUGUGUGAUCUAUAAUAGUUGAUUGUAUUUAUUAUGAUCAACCAAUCACAAAUCCUGUUGAUAGAGGCACUAUGUGAGGGGGACCACAUGAACAGGAGUCGCUCAGUGCCCAAAGGCGUGAAUUGUGCAUGAUGAAUAUUUUGUCUUUAUACCCAUGAGUUACGCUUUUAGCUCAACACUCUUUCGCAAAAUGUAAGAUAAACUGUGCACAUCUGAGGACGCCUAUAUAUAUACACGCGUUUUCUACUGCAUGAGCGCUUAACUAUCCUAUCGCGGUUUACCGCGUGCAGGAUUGAACAUUUACCUUGCAAAACCUCAAUAUCGUCUCUUAAUUUUCUUAGACGAUGACUGGUGGAUAGUGUAUGCUGUGAUAUUUGGAGCAAUUGGCUUUGUUGUUCUCAUUCUCAUCUUCUUGUUCUGUUGUUUGGAGUUAAAACGAAAUGAAGAACUGUAAGUUACCAAUUACUUCCAUACAUACACACAUAUUUUAUUGACAACUCUUGAUACUCAAUGCGUUGUGUUUUUGUUCGAUACUUGCAUCGUAUUUCAGUUCCAUACUUGCAUCGUGUUUUUGACAGCAUGUACGACAUCACUUCACGUGUUUGCUUCAAGAUGAGACGUAUAAAGGCACUAAAACUUCUGAACUACCGAUGCUGAGCAUUAUCUGAUAUAGCUGACACUAAUAACUCUUCUCCCUUACGUAGAUAUACAUUACACGAAGAAAAUAGACCACGUGAUAAACGAAUUGAUGAAGAAGUGGCGCCGGGAUUUCCAGGAACAGUACCAAGAACAUCUUCAACUGGUAGUCAAUUGUUGUUAGGAACUGAUAAAGGGCAUGGUAGGGAGAGCCUCGCAAUGUACGAAGUGAACCCAAUUUACGACUCCGCCAAUGGUAAGUCAACAUCGACUUUGUAUUGGGACAAAUGCAGUCUUGACACCAUUUUUAAUGGACAUGUCUUCUAGUAACUAGACAGACGCGCGUACAAUCGGCUUGAACUCCAACUUUAUGUUCAGCUUCACCGUGUGCAAUUUUUUUCAAUUUGCCUAUCUAGGACUUGAACGCCGCACUUAUCAUUUGCUGAACCUCAGGUGAAGGCCGUUUUCCACUUCAACCGUAACAUAGCGUAUUUCUUUGUUUCUUGAGCACUAAAGUGGAACUAACGACUUCGACACGAAAGGAAAUGUUACGUUACGUUACGGUUGAAGCGGAAAACGACCUUUUGAACCAGGCUUGAUAUUUCAACAGUACUGUUGAUUGAUCCGAGCAGAUAUUAGGCGAUUGCCUCGUUAAGGCGGUUUUCCAGUCCUCGCACGAAGCUCCUCGCAGCUCGCUGCGAUUGCUUGCAUCUAAUUAAAAUUAACUGUUUAGCAUUGUGAUUGGAUGAAAGUGCUCAUGCAUGCACUCGCAGCGAGGAGCUUCGUGGGAGGACUGGAAAUCCGCCUUUAUACAUUAUGCCAAAAAUGCUUUAUUUUCACCGGGCACAAAUUAGCAGACAUGAACAAAAAGACAAAAAUCUUUCCACAGUAAGGAAAGUGCUCAGUAUUCUCCUGGUAUUCAAACCUGACAAGUAACCGAAUUCGAGCAAUCAGAAGUAUAAUUUAGUUCACAUGAUUUAUACGAAUAUUUCAUAAUUCUUUUUUUUCCAUUUUAGGAUAA